GCGCAAGUGACGCGUCUUGAUCUCUGAAGUUGUACUCACCUAUUCUGAUUCUCUCAUCUCUCAUCUACUAUGUCUCGAAGAUAUGAUAGUCGGACAACCAUCUUCUCUCCGGAAGGCCGGUUAUAUCAGACAAUCUCACAUGCAGGAACGGUGCUUGGUGUUCUAGCCAAAGAUGGUGUAGUUCUUGCAGCAGAGAAGAAAGUCACGGGAAAGCUCCUUGAUCUUUCAGGCGCGAAAGAGGGUGGAUAUGGUGGCAGCGGGGAGAAAAUCUUUCUGCUAAAUUCAAAUGUCAUUGGUGGCGUAGCAGGACUGACUGCUGACGCUAAUUCGCUGAUCAACUAUGCUCGAUCUGCCGCACAGCAGCAUCUACUGCAAUACAAUGAGGAUAUUCCGGUAGAACUGUUGGCUCAGCGGCUUUGCGACAUGAAGCAGGGUUACACGCAGUACGGAGGUCUUCGACCAUUCGGUGUCUCUUUACUCUACGCUGGCUACGACCAGCAUUACCAGUUCCAGCUCUAUCAUUCGGACCCAUCAGGAAACUACUCUGGCUGGAAAGCUACUUGCAUCGGCGCUAACAAUGGUACAGCACAAAGUCUACUGAAACAAGAGUACAAGGACGAUAUCGAAGUCAAGGCCGCGAUAAGUCUUGUGCUCAAAACUAUGAGCAAGACGAUGGACAGUACGACAUUAGGAAGUGAGAAAUUGGAAUUUGCUGUCAUUACUCUUGAUACAGAAACACAACUUCCGAAGGCAAAGAUCUACAAGCCGGAUGAGAUCGAUGAGCUGCUGCAAGCGGAAGGAUUGGCGAAAAAGGAGGACGAUAAUGCUAUGAAGUCCUAAUAAGUUGUAUAUUUUGCGCGUAGGGAUUAAUGCCAAUUGUCUUCAUGAUCCCUAUUUGU